AUGCGGAGCGCCCUGCUGUUGGCAGCCAUCCUGGCCCUCAGCCUGCCUCUCGGGGCCGUCUGUGAGGAGUCACCGGAGCAGGUGGUACCCAGUAGGGGCCGCAGGGAGAAGGCCCUGAGUAUCGAGGAGCUGCUCAAGGCGCUCACUAGCCACAACUCAGUCUCCGUGGUGGACGAACUGCUCAAAACUCUGAGCCAGGCGAGCAAGGGCGACAUGCACGACUUCUUCGUGGGACUCAUGGGCAAGAGGAACAGCCAGCCAGACACGCCUGCUGAUGGGACCCACGAGAGCGCCCCUCGCUUCGGCAGCCUCCAGUACCCCCCCAACGUGGAAUGA